UUUUAAAAUAUUCAAAAAAGAAAAGAAAGAAGAAGACUAAAAUGCUUAAAACUGGACCCAUCACCACGCCUCUUGGUGACAUGUAUCACUCAAAAAUGCUCUUCUUCCUCGCUCCUCCUCCCUUCUCCCAUCUUCAAUAAUUGCGCCGCUCCUUCUCUCUCUCUCACACACUGAUCACACUCACUUGUACACACCACUCUCACAUGUCUAGUGAGAGAGGGAGAGAAAUCGGCGAAUCUGGAUCGUCAUCGCGGUCAUCAGGCGGCGGCGGCGGCGGGGCCGAGCCUGGUCAGCUUAGCCGAUAUGAAUCCCAAAAAAGACGCGAUUGGACCACUUUCGGUCAAUACUUGAGGAAUCAAAGACCACCGGUUCUGAUUUCCCAUUGUAACCAUACCCAUGUCCUUGACUUUCUUAGAUACUUGGAUCAGUUUGGAAAGACCAAAGUUCACUUACAAGCCUGCGUAUUCUACGGUCAGCCCGAACCACCCGCUCCUUGUCCUUGUCCUCUUAGACAAGCCUGGGGAAGCCUCGAUGCACUCAUAGGUCGACUUCGGGCAGCCUACGAGGAAAACGGCGGCCUUCCCGAGAAAAACCCUUUUGCGGAUGCGGCGAUUAGGGUUCAUUUGAGGGAAGUUAGGGAUUCUCAAGCUAAAGCCAGAGGCAUACCUUACAAGAAGAAAAAGAAGAAAAGGAAACCUACAACAGCAGCAACAGCAGCAGCCAAUUAUCAAGAUGAUGAUCAUCAUCAUAAUAUUGAUGAUGAUGGAUCUUCAAGUUUUCCGGUGAACCCUACUUGACUCCGAUCAAUAAAUUAAUUAAUAAGGCUCCAUAUCUCUGGUGAUUGUGAGUUUGGAAACCUUAUUGGAGCGCUGUCGUGGGGCAUUUUCUGUUUCGGCGAUGAAUUGGGGAUGAUAUAUACCUCAAGCAGCCGAAGAUGAUCGAUGUACUAGACAUACAAUAUAUUGGAGUGAUUAAAUGUGCUAGUUGUUUUAUUAUUAUUUUUUGCCCUUAUCAUUUUAAAUAUUAAUGUGGAAAGAAGUUUUUCAAAAAAAAAAGUAUUUAUAUUAUUGUGGAAUAUAUAUUUAUCUACAAGGAAUUAUUGAGAUGUUUUUUUGUAAGACUUUGAAUGUAUGUAUGUCUCAUAAGAUUUUGUAUGUUUAAUCACAACCAACUUUUAUUUACUUCAAUUGUAUGUAUGAUAAUUUGUA